UGCCCUUGCGAUCAGUCAGUAAUUUGUCAAAUUUUCAAAAUAUGAAGUGAUCUAUAAUGAUUUACAUGUUGAUUGUGUAAUAUAUUUACCCUAAUUGUUUAUGCUUUAGUAAAAAGUGAUUGAUUAUUAUACAUUGAUUAUUCAUAAAUAAACCGGCAUAGGUUAUGAACUUGUUGGGGUUAAUAGAUUAACCUUCGUUAUUAUGUUUUAAAACAUAUCGAUAUUCUGUAACCCUAAAUAUUAUUUAAAAAGUGAUCAACACCAUGUCGAGAAUAUUGAAUCAUCGUGUGAGGUCUUCUCUCAAAAAAUCAUCUUUCACAUGUGUAGACAAAAGAGCUGUUGCCUUCUCUAUAUAUACUGGACGCAGCCUACUUCUCCACAAACCAAUAGAUCCCAGUCACAUUCCAAGAAGAAAAUAUGGAAUGUUGGUUGCAAGGGCUGUACGGGGCAUGCUUAAGAUUAGAUACUUAUUACUUGGUGGUGCUGUAGGAGGAGGCAUGACUUUAAAUAAGAAAUAUGUUGAAUGGAAAGAUGGUCUGCCAGAUAUGGGGUGGCUAAAUGAGAUACUACCCGACAAUGAUCAAUGGGAUAAAUUCACUACGACACUCAUUAAUGCGAAAGAAAAGAUUGGUGACCAAUUACAGAUAGGUCCACUGACGCUGUCGCUGACCUCAGAUCCUCGUCUGCGCGAGGCGGGGCUGGCGCGCGCAGCCGAGCUGCGGGGCUGGCUCGCGCAACGCUACGAGGAUGCUGUUGCGGCAGCCGCUACUAACAACGCCAGUCAAAUUGAACCAGCACCAAAGAUUGUGAACAACUUACAGAGUAAACCGGCACCAGGUCAAUCCAGCAAUUCUUCCGCCGAGGAAGCUGCUGCAUAUGAGAAAAGAGUGCACGCCUUACAACAGGAAGUACUUACGCUGCAAGCUCGCUAUCAGCGGGAGCUUCAGAGACUGGAACAAGAGAAUAGGGAGUUGAGGCAGCAGAACAUGUUGCUCAGGCAGGGCAGGCAACCACCAGCCAAGAAGAUGAAGCGCUCGCUCAUCGAUAUGUACUCUGCCGUGUUGGACGAGCUGGCGGGCUGGGAAGCCGGCGAGGCAGGCAGACUGCCCCGAGUCGUGGUAGUGGGAGACCAGUCCGCAGGGAAGACCUCCGUGCUAGAGAUGAUCGCCCAGGCUAGGAUAUUCCCCCGGGGCGCCGGAGAGAUGUGCACCAGAGCACCGGUGAAAGUGACAUUGUCGGAGGGCCCAUACCACGUGGCACAGUUCAGAGACUCCUCCCGGGAAUUCGAUCUCAACAAGGAGUCGGACCUCGCAGAUCUUCGCAAGGAGGUGGAGCUGCGCAUGCGCAACAGCGUGCGCGGCGGCCGCACGGUGUCCACUGACGUCAUCGCCAUGUCGGUGCGCGGGCCCGGCCUGCCGCGCAUGGUGCUCGUGGACCUGCCCGGCGUCAUCUCCACGCAGACGGUGGACAUGGCGGCCGACACGCGAGACGCCAUCAAGCAGAUGACCAAGCAGUACAUGGACAACCCCAAUGCCAUCAUUCUGUGUAUACAGGACGGCUCAGUGGAUGCGGAACGAAGCAACGUGACGGACUUAGUGGCAUCCUGCGACCCCCAGGGCAAGCGAACGAUAUUUGUGCUCACUAAAGUGGACCUCGCCGAGGAAAACCUCGCCAACCCCAACCGGAUCCGUCGUAUCUUGGAGGGGAAACUGUUCCCGAUGAAGGCGCUCGGCUACUACGCCGUGGUCACCGGCCGCAGCCGCAAGGACGACUCCAUCCAGAGCAUCCGAGAGUACGAGGAGAGGUUCUUCAGCUCGUCCAAACUCUUCAAGACCGGCAUGGUGGCGGCGGCGCAGGUCACGACGCGCAACCUGGCGCUGGGCGUGGCGGACUGCUUCUGGCGCAUGGUGCGCGACUCGGUGGAGCAGCAGGCGGACGCCUUCAAGGCCAUGCGCUUCAACCUGGAGACGGAGUGGAAGAACACGUUCCCGCGCACGCGCGAGCUGGACCGCGACGAGCUGUUCGAGCGCGCGCGCGCCGAGCUGCUGGACCAGUCGGCCGAGCUGUCGGCCGUGGCCGCGCCCGCCUGGGAGCUGCGCCUGCAGGCCGCGCUGUGGGCCUCCGCCGCCGACCACGUGUUCGCCGACAUCUACCUGCCCGCCGCGGCGCACGCGCACGGCGACAUGGACAAGUUCAACACGUCGGUGGACAUAAAGCUGCGCGAGUGGGCCGAGGGCUCGCUGUCGGCGCAGGCCGUGAGCGCGGGGCGCGAGGCGCUGCGCGAGGAGUUCGAGGCGCUGCUGGCGCGCGCCGGCGACUCGGACGCCGCCUACGAGGCCGUCAAGCGCGCCGCCGUCGACGAGGCGCUGGCGCGCCACCAGUGGGAGGAGCGCGCGCUCGACGUGCUGCGCGUGCUGCAGCUGUCCGCGCUGCAGGACGCCUGCGUGCGCUCGCGCGCCGACUGGGACGCGGCCGUGGCGCUCAUGGACGACGCGCUGCGCGCGCGCCUGCGCGCCGUCGACGCCGAGCUGCGCGCGCUCACCGGGCCCGGCUUCCGCGAGCGCUGGCUGCGCUGGGCGAGCGCCACGGAGGAGCAGCAGCGCCGCUCGCACGUGCGCCAGGAGCUGGAGCAGCUCGGGGCGGCGAGGCCCUCGCUCACGUACGAUGAGGUGGUUGCGGUCAGAGACAACUUGAGACGACGUGGCAUCGAAGUCGAUAACGAUUACAUUCGGGAGACGUGGAAACCCGUCUACCUUAAGAAUUUCUUAACGCGCGCACAGGCUCGAGCUAGAGAUUGUAAGAAAAGCUUCUACUUGUACAGUCAGCAAAACGGCGGAGAGAAGGAGUGCAGCGAGGUGGUGAUGUUCUGGCGCGUGUGCGGCGCGCUGCGGGCGUCCGCCAACGCGCUGCGCCAGCAGAUCUGCAACCGCGAGGCCGCGCGCCUCGACCGCGAGCUGCGCGAGGUGCUCGACGAGAUGGCAGCCGAUCCAGAUCUCAAGAAAAAACUUAUAUCCGGUAGAAGAGUAGAACUUGCAGAAGAAUUAAAACGCGUAAGACAAGUCCAAGAAAAGUUAGAGGAGUUCAUAGAGGCUCUGAACAAGGAGAAAUAGUGUAAAUGUAUAUUAUAGGUGAUUGUUUGCUCGCUGCGAUGUAUUAUUGUUAAUAUUAUGUCUAACUAAGUUAUAUUUAUAAUAAAAGCUGCAC